AUGUCUAGCCAUCUUGCGCGGAGAGCCUGCUCGAAGCUUGCUGCCGGCUGUCUGGCGGCUCGCUCCACCGGGCUGGGGUGUCCUGGUCGACUACCAGCAUCCUCGCUGUCAAGCUGUUCGUCGAUAGCAUCGAAGCAUUCGACCGUGAGCCAGCAGCAGAGACGCAGCUAUACCUCUCCUCGCUACCAGCCCCAUCUCUCGACUCGCUCGACGGUCGUCCAGCUGCUCAGCAACAUCGGUUCGAAGCGAGAGGUCCAGCAGUACCUCUCACACUUUACAUCGGUCUCCUCCCAGCAGUUCGCCGUCAUAAAGGUCGGUGGUGCCAUCAUCACAGAGCACCUGCAGACCUUGUCUUCUGCUCUGGCCUUCUUGAACCAUGUUGGGCUCUAUCCGAUUGUCGUCCACGGUGCGGGACCACAGCUGAACAAGAUGCUCGAGGAUGCCGGUGUGGAGCCCCAGUUUGAGGAUGGAAUCAGAGUCACGGACGGCAAGACGCUCGCGUUGGCCAGAUCCCUUUUCAUGGAGGAGAAUCUCAAGCUGGUCGAGGAGCUGGAGCGGUUGGGCGUGAGAGCCAGACCGCUUACCACGGGUGUCUUUUCGGCAGACUAUCUGGACAAGGAAAAGUACAAUCUGGUAGGAAAGAUCAACGGCGUCAACAAGAAACCUAUCGAGGCUGCGAUUGAGGCCGGAUGCCUUCCUAUCCUGACGUCCAUGGCCGAGACACCAGAGGGACAAGUCCUCAAUGUCAAUGCGGAUGUUGCGGCCGGUGAGCUAGCCAGAGCGCUACAGCCCCUGAAGAUCGUCUAUCUGGCCGAGAAGGGAGGCCUCUUUAACGGGGAUACCGGCGAGAAGAUAUCUGCCAUCAAUCUGGAUGAAGAAUACGAUCAUCUCAUGAAGCAGUGGUGGGUUCGUCACGGAACUCGUCUCAAGAUCAAGGAGAUGAAGGAACUUCUCAUGGACCUCCCGCGCACUUCCAGCGUUGCCAUCAUUCACCCGGCUGACCUACAAAAGGAGUUGUUCACCGAUACCGGUGCUGGAACCCUAAUUCGACGAGGAAAUAAGGUGCUCACUAAGAACAGUAUCGAGGAGUUUGAAGACAUUGAAGCCCUUAAGAACGCCCUAGCUCGUGAUCGUGGAGCCCUGGAUGCCAGAGCUACUGUCGACCGAUACGUCGACUCUCUAAAGGGCCGAGAGAUCAAGGCUUACUCUGACGAGCCUAUGGAAGCCCUGGCAAUUGUCCUGCCUCCCCAACCGGGCUCCUCGCUCGCGCACUUGACCAAUAUGACCAUCACCAAGACAGGCUGGUUAACCCAUGUUGCUGAUAAUGUUUUUACCAGUAUCCAAAAGGAUUUCCCCAAGCUGACAUGGACUGUCAAGGAGGACGACGAGAACCUGUCCUGGUUCUUUGACAAAGCUGACGGAAGCUUGUGCCGAGAUGGUGAGGUUCUCUUCUGGUCCGGUGUCCGGGAUGCAGAUGAAGUCAAGGACCUCGUUCUUGAGUUCAGUAAGAAUGGACGUGAUAUGUUGGGGAACAUCAGCCUGGAGUCUUCGUUGAAGCAAGGCACCGCUACACAUGCUCCGGCAGGUGGCCACGCGUCCGCCGGCCUGCAGCAGAAGAGAGCCUUUUCGACUUCCUCCUCCAGCACGUCUGCUCUCCGAUCAUUCAGACAGCAGCAAGCCGCAGCUGGCUUCUCUUCCACUCGGUCAUAUACCACCAAAACGAACCCAAACCCACCCCUAGGCAAGAAAAAUGCAUCCAACACAAAGCCUUCCAAGGUCGCCCUGAUCGGUGCCCGUGGCUACACCGGCCAGGCACUCAUCAGCCUCCUCAGUGCUCACCCAUAUAUGGACCUGGCCCAUGUUUCCUCCCGUGAGUUGGCCGGAAAGCCUCUCCAGGGCUAUGAGAAGCGUGAGAUCAUCUAUGAGAACCUUAGCCCUGACGAUGUUAAGCGUAUGGCCGAACAAGGUGAUGUUGACUGCUGGGUCAUGGCCAUGCCCAACGGUGUCUGCAAACCCUUUGUCGACGCCGUCGAUCAAGUGGACAGGGAGAAAGCUGUCAUCGUCGACUUAAGCGCUGACUAUAGAUUCGACAGCAAGUGGACUUACGGGCUUCCAGAGCUAGUUAAUCGCUCUGCCAUUGCACAGGCUACUCGCAUUUCGAACCCGGGGUGCUAUGCCACUGCAGCCCAGGUUGGUAUUGCACCUUUGAUUCCGCACUUAGGUGGUCAACCCACCGUAUUCGGUGUCUCUGGCUAUUCUGGCGCUGGAACAAAACCCAGCUUGAAGAAUGAUGUGGACCAUUUGACCAACAACAUCGUACCCUACAGCCUUACAGACCAUAUCCAUGAGAAAGAAAUUGGUUCUCAGCUCGGUACAGAUGUCGCUUUCAUUCCCCAUGUCGCCGUCUGGUUCCAGGGUAUUCACCAUACUAUUAACAUCCCGUUAAAAGAAUCCAUGGCCUCGCGUGACAUUCGCAACCUCUACCAGGACCGCUACGCAGGUGAAAAGCUCGUCAAGGUCGUUGGCGAGGCACCACUGGUCAAGAACAUUUCAGGCCGCCACGGCAUCGAAGUUGGUGGCUUUGCAGUCCAUUCAAGCGGCAAGCGAGUCAUCGUAUGCGCAACCAUCGACAACCUACUGAAGGGUGCUGCCACUCAAUGCCUUCGAUAUUCUGAGUACGAAGGUAUCCCUAUGGACAAGAGCACCUGA